CACUUAUAAAUUAUUCCUGACAUAAGGUCUAAGAUAUACCUUUUUUAUUAUUAAUUUUAUUCAUCUAACAUUUUUUUUUUUGUUAAACAUGUUGAAGUUUUUUCUCCGUUCAUUAAAAAAUUUGUAAAUAUGUUUCUUAAGAAUGAUAUCAAUUUCAGAGUAGUCAUAUUUUUUAAUUAAUAAAUUAAAUAAUAAAGGUUUUAAAAGUUCAGUUAGAUUUUGCAUAUUCAGCUUAUUUGCUAUAACCGAAAAUGGAAGGAAAGUACCGGAUGAUAUCUGAGGACAAAGCAUAUACAACAAAUUUUCAUCGCCUGGUAAAUCCUGCCCACGAAGACAGCAAGAGCAUGUCUCUGGAAUGCAAAGCAAAUAAGUCAUCUGGUAAUGAAAAAUCCAGCAAACUUUGCUCUUGCUCCAUGGGUCAGAGCUGUGAAUGUGGUAAACCGAAAAGGAAGGUGCUUUUGGAACCUUGGGCAAGAUACAAAUCUAUCACUUUAGCAGUUGGACUUUCGAUCUUCGGAGUUUGGCUGGUUGUGAUUGCCAUAAUUGCCAACCAAGGGAAACUCUAAUUUUCGGUGUUCCAAUUCAUUAAAAAAUUAGAUAGAACAAAAGAUUGAGUCACUUUUGUACAAUACUGAAUAUGAUCUGAAUAAUUACUGCAACUCUCGAAUGAUUCAUUUUUAAAAUUAAUAGAUUUGUGCAAAUAUUCAUAGUUCAUUUUUUUGAAGGUAAUAUUGAAAAAUGCAUUAAAUGCAAAUUUUGUUCAAAAAUAUUGAUAAUGUGCUUAAAUGAAUUUUUGUUCGAUUCUGAGAAUCUUUAAAUGUAUUUUCUGGAAAUGUCGAUGAAAAAAAAGGACAAAAGCAGUAUCAUUUCUCUGAUUUAUGUAUAUAAGUUUUGGCAAAAGAAAAAUUCUUAUAUCUUAUUUUUUUAAAAAGCAUUUUGAUGAUAUUUUAUUAUUAUAUUUUGAAAUCUAUAAAUGGAAUAAUGCGGUAUGUUUUUAAAUUUGAGAAUGAAACUAGAAUAGACUAUAACUGAAUGCAUACAAUAUGAACGAAAAAUAAAACUAAAGCUUGUUUAAACUAUUUGAUAUUUAUUAAACGUUUGAUCUUUAAAAACAUAUUUAAAUUGUAAAAGUUCAAUUUCAUGAAUCAAUGUUUUGGCUAUAUGAAAUAAAGUUAAUGAAGUAUGCUUAAUUGCAUUUGUGAUACGAUUGUAUUAAUGUUUUGUGUGUGUGAUUUGCAUUUUGGGAUACGUAUCUGCUUUAUGGUUGUUUUAUACCAUUGCAUUAUGUGAUAUAAAAAACAAAAGAUCUCUUUUUUUAAUUAAUCAGUAAGAGCUCAAUAAAGUAUUAGCUAUCUGG